UAUUGAAAUAAUUGUAUUUUUUGUGUAAUGUGUACUAUUUAAACUUGUAAAUGCAUAGUAAAAUACCGGAAAAAAACUAUAUAUUGAUACCGAACAAUUGUAUCUCCUGCGAUUAUGUUAUGCGAUAGCAAAAGAUCAUUUUUAAGUGUACUGUUACUGCAGUUUCAUAUUUUGUUGAUUCUUUUUGCUGCUAUAGUUUCGCCGGGAGCCAAUGAUUUGCACUUCGAAGAUGGAGCUUCUACAGCUGAUAUAAUUGGCGGAGAUGUGUUUUUUGAAAUAUUAGACCCUCCUGAACUCAGAUACACAUAUCGAAUGAGACCAGCUAGAGACUUUGGAGCUACAUUUAAUGAAAGUUUUCAAUUACGGAAGGUGAAACUAGUGCCAACAGUGCCUUUGCACAGUUGCACUGAUAUUGAGAAUUCUGAGUUGCUACUUGGACAAGUAGCACUUUCCGAAAGAGGUGAAUGCUCAUUUGCUUCUAAGACGUCAAAGGCGCAGCAGGCGGGGGCCAUAGCUAUCAUCAUAACAGAGUCUCUAGACAAAUGGGAUGAUGCACAGGACUAUUUGAUUGAAAUGGUGGAUGAUAAGAUGGAGCUCAACAUAAACAUUCCAGCGGCUUUCCUCCCGGGGAGAAAUGGCGCAACCAUACUCCGUACUCUUAAGAAGUUAGAUAUGAAAUAUGCAAUUAUUAGUUUGCCCAUCAAUAUGACACAUGUGCCGUUUCACAAAAUGAACCAACCUCCAUGGAUAGCGUGGUAACAUACGAUUAUGUUUAAAUAAUAUCAUACACCAAAAUAGCGGCCUUGUUAAAAUUAUAACCGACACACCAAAAUGCUGCCAUAUAGUGCAAAAUAUUCAAAAUGUUGCAAAACGCAAAUUAAACACAACAAAGACCAAGUGGCCGGCCGGCGAGAUAGACAAAUGAAUGUAAGAAAACUUGACUGUAGGGAGUGAUAAAAGAUCUUGAAUAGGCUAGAUGACUAUUUUUUUUUCUUAUUGGUAAUUGAAAGACCCUUAAAAA